AUGUUCUCGGGGAGCCAGAGCUUCCUCGGAGGCGCCAACUCUGCUCGCGGCCCCCCCGGCCAGCAGCAACAGCAGCAGCAGCAGCAAUAUGGCCAGCAGUACGCCCCUCAGGGCUUCGGCGGACUGCAGCCGCAGCCCACCGGCUUUGGCGGCGCUCCACUGCAGCCGCAAUUCACCGGCUUCAACCCGGGUCAACAGCAGGGCUUCCAACAGCAGCAGGGCUUCCAGCAACAGCAGCCGCCGCAGCUCCAGCCCCAGUUCACCGGCUUCCCCGGCCAGCAGCAGCAGCAACACCAGCCGCAGCAGUCGUUCCAGCAGCCACCGCAGCAGCAGCCAUUCCCGACCGGCCAGCAGAGCAUGCCGCCGCCUGCGCAGCCUCAGCAACCCCAGCUCACUGGCUUGACCUCGUCGCAGAUGGCUGACUCCUUUCGCGGACCCUCGUCUCAACCGCCGCAGCCUCAGGCCGCCCAGCCCACCGGCUCGAAGAUCCCGAGCAUUAGACUUAGCUUUAUAACGGUACAGGACCAGGCUAAGUUCGAACAAUUGUUCAAGUCGGCAGUGGGGGGUGGCCAGGCCAUGUCCGGCGACCAGGCGAGGGACCUGCUCAUGCGAUCGAAGCUGACUGGCGAUGCCCUCGCACACAUUUGGACGCUCUCUGACACGACCAAAUCAGGCCAGCUGCUGUUUCCCGAGUUUGCCCUCGCAAUGUAUCUUUGCAACUUGAAGCUCGUCGGCAAGGACCUUCCUAGUGAACUGCCCGAGCGCGUUAGGAACGAGGUCUCAAGCAUGGUCGACAUCAUUUCUUUUGGUGUUCCCGACAUGAAACCUGCAGCAUCCAGCUCGCAGUCUGCUCCGACCAUUCAACAGCCCCAGCCUCAACAACCUUCCAACUCUCAGUUACUGUCUAGCCUGCAACCGCAGCCCACCGGUCUGGCCCCGCAGAUGACUGGCUUCCCUGGUCAGCAGGGAGGCUUCCAGCCUCAGCCUACCGGUCUACAACCCCAGCCCACCGGUUUUGGUAUGAACCAGGGAAUGCUCGGUGGUCUCCAGCCCCAGAUGACUGGUCUGCAACCCCAGCCUACUGGGUUUGGUCCAGGCAUGGUCGCUCCGCUCAAUGCCCAGCCUACGGGAAUGCCCGGGCAAUGGGGACUUGUAAACACACCCGCUGGAGGAUUGCCUAAUAUUCAAAACAUGAUGCAGCAGUUGAUGCCUCAGCCUGGAAGAGAAGGCGGUUCCUUCAGUGCACAGGGGCUCCGUGGUAACGCAACAGUUCCCUGGGCCAUCACGAAGGACGAGAAGAAGAUCUACGAUCAGCUGUUCAAGGCCUGGGAUGGCCUUAGCAAGGGUUACAUUACAGGAAGCCAAGCCAUUGAGAUCAUGGGACAGUCUGGCCUUGACAAAUCCGACCUGGAGAAGAUCUGGACUCUUUCGGAUCCCCACAACCGCGGCCGUCUCAAUCUGGAUGAGUUCGCCGUUGCUAUGCAUCUGAUCUAUCGUAAGCUGAACGGCUACCCAGUGCCAAACACUCUUCCUCCGGAGCUUGUCCCGCCGUCCACUAGGAACCUUAAUGACUCCAUUGGCACCAUGAAGAGCUUGAUUGCCCGUGAUGCCGAGGAAAGGAAGCACUCUGGCGCUUUCCUUCAACCUCAGAAGACCGGUGUCAGCUACCUAAAGAAUCACUCACUCCGUGGUGGAAGUCCCGUUUCCGCAGGCCGCAAGGACGCCACUGUCUUCAAAAACAAUGAUGAUGACAUUGGCUAUAGAUCGAGUGCUCGGCGUAGGAUCGGAAAUGGCGGGCGUUCUCCCUCACCAGCCGGGCCUCCUUCCCCUGGAUCUGAGAGGUCUAGCGACGAAAAGUCGAUCGAGCAGCUCAAGAAGGAGAUCAAGGAAAAGCAGGUAUUGUUGGAUGCCAUGGACUUCCGCGAUGAAAAUCGUGCCGAGCAGGAGGAUCUCCUGGACCGUAAGGACCGAAAGGAUGCCGAGGAUCUGUACCGCCGGAUUAGACGCCUUCAGGAAGAUAUCGACACCCAUCCCAAUGCUCACUCUAUGUUGUCUGGAGGCUCAGACGCGGAACGGCGCGCUCUUCAGCGUGAGCUGCGUCGUCUGACUGACAGGCUUCCGGAAUUGGCAUCAAAGGUGCGCCGAACCGAGCGUGCUAUUGCGGAGGCCCAGCUCGAGCUAUUUAGAUUGAAGGAUGCUAAAGCACACCCUGGCUCGUCUGCUGCGAUUGUUGGCACUGGUCCUGGUGGUGCCGUCACUGAAUCCGAUAGGCUGAAAGCCCGCGCGAAGGCAAUGAUGCAGGCACGUUCCGCCGCUCUUACCGGCAAGCCUGCGCCUGCAUCUGCCGAUGACUCGGGCGACGCAGCCAAACGCCUUGAGGAGGAGCAGACGCGUAUCCGUAAUGAGAGGGAGGGCAACGAGCGCAUGGUGCGCGAUGUCGAAGAGAGUGUGACCGAGUUCAGCAAGGCUCUAGAGCUCAGCCUCAAGGAGGGAUCCCAACCUGAAUCCAGCGAACAUGAGCGCCGUAGGUGGCAAGACGGCCUUGGCGUUGAGGACGAAGUCAAGGACUUCAUCUACGAAUUGCAAAGGCAGAGCCGUGCGGCUAGAGUUCGAAAGGAAGACGACGUCAGGGACAGCGCACGGAACAGGUACCAGUCGCCGGUCCCCCGUAUCGAGGAGCCAGCAAGGCCCAGCAGUGCCAGGGGUCUUGGAUCUCCGGCACGCCCCGAGUCGCCCAUGGCGCGCCCUGCCUCGUCAAGCGGCGCCUCUUACUCUUCGUACAAGACCGCUGAAGAGCGUGCUGCCUUCAUCAAGCAGCAGGCUGAACAGCGUAUGGCUGAGCGUCUGGCUGCUCUUGGUCUCCGCGCCCCCUCGAAACCUUCUGGAGAGACGCCUCAACAGAAGGCAGAGCGUGAGCAGCGUGAGAAGGAGGAGCGUAUUCGCAAGUCCGAGGAGGAAGACGCCCGCCGCGAACAGGAGAGGCAGCGCAGGCUCAACGAAGAGCAAGGUAUCCCGCCGCCAGCUCCUAAGGCGACGGGCAAGAAGCCUCCCCCGGCUCCCCCGUCACGGAACAAGAAGGCCGAAACAUACGACGCCGAUGCUGAGGCAAAGAAGGCUGAGCAAGAGGCGGCGGAGCGUGCUCUUCGUGAGGAGCAGGAGGCUCAAGAAGCGGAGACAAAGGCUUUGGAGGACGAGGAGAAGCGACAGGAAGAAGACCUUGCUAAAGAGCAGGAUGCCGCCGCUGCUCGCUUGCGUGCUUUGGAGGAACAAGUCAAGGCUGGCAAGCUGAAGAAGGAGGAGGAGAAGCGCAAGAAGAAGGAGGCCCAGCGGGAGUCCAAGGAGAAGGAGGCUCGUUUGGCUGCUCAGCGUGCCGAGAUUGAGGCCGCCAAGGAACGCGAACGUCAGCUCCAGCUUCAGCUCGAGGGAAUGGAUGAUGACUCCUCUUCGUCGGACGACGAGGGUCCUCAAGAGAUAACUCCUCAAGAAACCACACCUACCGCCAGCCAGGAACUCCCGAAGGCCGAGCCUCCAGCUGCUCCACCAGCUCCACCAGCGCCUGCCCCUGCGGAACCCUCCGCGAACACUCCGCCAUCUUCCGUCACUAGCCCUCAAGCCUCCGCUGUCACCAGCCCUGGUGCCACCACAGAGACGAAGAACCCCUUCUUGAAGAAGAUGGCUCAGGCCAGCGAAUCCCACGCUGCGCCCAGCGUUCCCUCCAUUUCUACUCCUGCAAGCUCUACUGAGGUCUCGACCAACCCCUUCCACCGCCUCACGCAGCAGGAUAGCAACAAGGCGGCACUGCCUGAGCCAACUGCCGCACCUGCCCGCAUGCGUGCGCGUUCCGAAGAGGAUGAUUGGAGCGUGGUUGAUUCCGAUGAUGACAGCUCUUCCGAUUCGGAUGACGACCGUCCGGGCGGUGGCUCUGCCAAGCAGCUUGCCUCUAUCCUGUUCGGCACCAUGGGUCCGCCUCGCCCGCUCUCGGCCAUGGACAACAAGGAUUCGCCGCUUGGUGGCUCGCGCAACGACAGCCCUGCUGUUGGCUCUCCAGGUCCCUCUGCUCCUCCGCCACCGCCGCCCAUGCCCGGCGCAGGCGCCCCUGGCGCUCCGCCGCCGCCGCCACCUCCCAUGCCUGGCGCAGGCGCUCCCGGUGCCCCGCCGCCACCGCCGCCGCCGCCGCCGCCGCCAGGCCCCGCCGCCGCACCGGCUGCUCCACCCGCAGGUGCAGGUGAUAGAGGUGCCCUGCUAAGCCAGAUCCAGAUGGGUAGGGGUCUAAGGAAGGUCGAGACAAAGGACAAGAGCUCGUCGUCCGUUGCGGGUAGGGUUUUGGACUAG